AUGUACUUCUCCAAAACUGCCGCCGCGCUGGCUGCGCUGCUGCCCUUGGCCACCGCGCAGACCUAUACGGACUGUGACCCUCUCAACAAGACCUGCCCUGCUGAUACGGCCCUGAGCUCCACCACCUUCACCACUGAUUUCACCUCUGGCUCAUUCGGUGGAUGGAUUGCUACCGCCAACAAUGUCACCUUUACCGAUGAGGGUGCCAACUUCGUCAUCAGCGAGAAGGGUGAAGCUCCUACCAUUGAGACCGACUUCUACUUCUUCUUCGGCAAGGCUGAGGUUGUCAUGAAGGCUGCCAGCGGUACCGGUAUCUGCAGCAGUAUCGUCCUCGAGUCGGACGAUCUCGACGAGAUCGACUGGGAAGCUCUUGGUGGUGACACCACUCAGAUUGAGACCAACUACUUCGGCAAGGGUGACACCUCCUCCUACGACCGUGCUACUUGGGCAACUGUGUCGACCCCCCAGGAGACCUUCCACACUUACACCAUUGAGUGGACUGAAUCCGCCACUACCUGGAGCGUUGACGGCACUGUCGUGCGCACCCUUGCCUACAGUGAUGCUCAGAGCGGUACUCGCUACCCCCAGACUCCCAUGCGCCUGAAGCUUGGUAUCUGGGCUGCUGGUGACUCCUCCGAGCCCGAGGGCACCAUCGAGUGGGCCGGUGGUGAGACUGACUACUCCGACGGUCCCUUCACCAUGACUGUCCAGUCGGUCACCAUCACCAACUACAACCCCGGCUCCUCCUAUACCUACUCUGACAAGUCUGGCGACUACACCAGCAUUGUCGUCAACAACGGCACCUCCAGCUCUACCACUGGCUCCACCACCAGCUCUAGCUCCACCUCCACCUCUUCCACCAGCUCUGGCUCUAGCUCUACCUCCACCUCCACCUCCAGCACCAGCUCAAACUCUGGCUCCGGCUCCGGCUCCAGCACCAGCUCCGAGUCCAGCACCAGCGCCUCCAGCGCCGCCGCCGCCGGCUCCUCCUCUGCCUUGAUUGGCUCUGGCUCCAGCAGCGGUUCCUCCGCCUCUGCCUCUGGCUCCGCCUCUGCUUCCUCCAGCGCCAGCGCCAGUGCCUCUCCCCUCUACACCGGUGCUGCCACCCAGGUCGGCGCCUCCACCAGCCUUCUCUUCGCUGGUCUCCUCGCUGCCCUCUUGUAA